AUGGAUGCCAUGAUGACUAACGCGACCAUGAUGAUGGUACAUCUUGAUACUUCAGAUGAACCACAAGGACGCGGUUCGCGUCCUGGUCGCUCUCCUAAUCACCCCAGACAUAGGGUAGCUGGGGGAACAAGUCUCAUGGUAGAUUACUUCAUCGAGCGUCCGAUCUUUAGGGAGGAAGAAUUUCGUCGGAGGUACCGAAUGCACACCCAUCUGUUCAACCACAUCAUGACGGCUCUCUGUAACCACGACCCUUAUUGGCAUCAAAAAGCAGAUGCCACUGGAAAACUAGGGUUGCUGCCCCAACAGAAGAUGACAGGUGCCCUCCGAAUGUUGGCGUAUGGUGCAACUGCUGAUCAGUGUGCUGAGAUAUGCAGGAUGGGGGAAUCAACUACACUAGAGUGCAUGAAGAAGUUUUGCCAACAUGUGAUAGGUAUUUUUGGUCCGCAGUAUCUUCGAGCUCCAACAAAGGCUGACCUCCAAAAGCUUCUUGCUAGGGCUGAUCAGCGGGGAUUUCCAGGUAUGAUCGGAAGCAUUGACUGCAUGCAUUGGGAGUGGAAGAACUGCCCAACCGGGUGGCAUGGAGCUUACAGUGGCCGGAAGGGUCGUCCCACCAUUAUUCUAGAGGCGGUGGCCUCGCAUGACACGUGGGUAUGGCACGCUUUCUUUGGUGUGCCAGGAGCUCAAAAUGAUAUUAACGUACUCAACCAAUCACCGGUAUUUGAAGGGCUCAUUGCUGGAAACAGCCCGGCUGUGACGUUUCACGCAAACGGUAGGAGAUAUAGCAAUGCUUAUUAUCUUGCUGACGGAAUUUAUCCUAGGUACUCCACAUUUGUAAAAACUAUUCCAAACCCUGAAUCGCAAGCACAAAAACUAUUUGCAAAAAAACAAGAAGCAUACCGUAAAGAUGUAGAGAGGUGUUUCGGCAUCCUGCAAUCUCGUUGGGCAAUCCUUCGUCAUGGAGCUCGGUUGCACAGGAGUUCGACAGUGAGAAGCAUAAUGAUAACUUGCAUCAUAUUGCAUAACAUGAUUGUAGAGGAUGAAUUUGUAGAAGAAGAAUUUGUCGAGCCAGAAGAAGAAGAUCUAUUGAACCCACUGGGGGCAAGAGUUUAUGAUGGGCCAGUAGAUCAUGAGGGGGUUCGAAUUCCUUUUUUACCAGUGGAAAGAAAUGGGAGAAACCAGCAUGCAUUUUGGGACCGUAUUGACCACCUCGAGUCAGCUUAUAUCCACACAAUUCUUCAGAAUGAUUUAGUGGAGCAUAAUUGGGCAUUGGAAGCCAACCAACAAUAA